CCCCGACCGUCGUGUGAAGUGGUUGUGCGCUCGGUGAUUCCCCGAAACUACCCAUCUCUGUCCCACCAACGAUAACGAAAAACCACCAGAAACGUAUUCACUCUAGUGUAGUUUAGCCAGUGAUUUUGAACGCUUUUUUGGACAUGGAAGAGUGCGGAAAGUGGCGGAAAUUCGGGAGUGUCUGAGAAGGGAUUAGAGUAAGUGCGCGUGACGAUGGAUAGCUCACCGGAUUUGUCGCUGAAACUCCGGCGUGGAUCUUCGGAUUCGCGCGAAUCCUUCUACAUGGAUUUCGCCCAGGGCAUCGACUCGGACAUUGAGGAAGUGACGACGAUCGUCGAGCCGCCGCCACCUGUUGUGGUGUCGCCGCCGCCGCCGGAAGUUGUUGUGCCCGUGCAGGAGGUGCUGAUCGCUCCGCCGGUGAUUGUCGAGGAGGAGGACGAGGCCAUUUUGAGCGAUGCGGGCGAGGAGGAGAUUGAGGAGGAAGAGGAGCAGGAGGAGGAGGAGCCUGAGGAGCAGGAGCCUGAGGAGGAGGUCGAUGAGGGACUAGAGGUGGAGCCUGAAGAGGUGCCCGAGCCCGCUGAGGUGGCACAAAGUGUGGAAGAGAAGGAAAUUGAAGCGGAAAGUGAACCUGAGGAAGUGAAUUUGGGUGAUGUUGAUGAACAGCCAGCGGUGGAGGAGGAGGAGAAAGCCAGCGCCGUGGAGGAGCCUGAGACGCCCGAGCAGGUGGAGGACGACACUGAAUCUCACACGACCUCUCUGCCGCCGCCCCCAACCCCGCCGCCGCCGCCCACGGACAUUGACGAAAGCUCUAGCAACGAUGUGGGCAGCGAGCAAUUGGCCGCUUCGCCAUCAUCGGCCAACAAUACGAUCGUCUCACCGGAAACACUGAGUCACCACACGUCUCCGGCCAAGUCGCCGCCUCUGCUGCUGCAGGCUCCAAAGUCCCCGCCGUCGCACCAUGUGACCAUCGACGAGAGCCCGCUGAGGUCGUCGCGACCGCAGAGCCCGCCCAGGACGGGCACAACGUCCGCCGAGGCGCUGAUCUCGCACGAGUCCGAGACGUGCAUCGUGGAGACGAGGAGCUCCACGCCAAAUCAGCUGGCCCUGUCGACGCCCACGUGCUCCACCAGCGGCACCACGCAGCACCUGGCGCUGCUCUAUCACCACACCACGCACCAGCACCUGCAUCCCAUCCUCACGCAGUCCAGGCGGCUCUCGCGCCUCCCGGAGACCUCCAUGAUGCGCUAUUCGGCGGCUCCGCAGAAGGAAAUCCGAGCAAUCGAUGCAUUCACCACGACUCUCUCGGCGCUCUAUGGAAAAUUGAUCGUGAUUAUGGGGGUGGCGUUUCCGCUGUCUGAGGUCAUCUCCACGUACAUUCCGCCAUCGUUCUAUGAGAGCUUCUAUCUCUAUCUCUACAUCGGCAGCAUGGUGUUCCUGCUCUUCAUGUACGCCACUCUGCUGUGGGGCCGCCCGAAGACCGUCUACACGACGAGUGUGAAGCAGACCAAAGCGCCGCCCAAGAGGUCGUCAUCGUGCAGCUCCAACAGCGGAAAUGAGUCCGACCGGGAGAGCGAGGGCAGCUCGGGGAACAGGCAGCUCAAUGUGGCCAUCUCGCCGCCCCCCAGGAGGCCCUCCCUCUUGCCCGUGAGCGCCUCUGGGCAGCAGCACUAUGGCAGCUUCUACCUGCGAAUGGGAGCCGUUGCUUUCGGCAUCGGGAGUAUGAUUUACUCUGGUCUGGAGUUUGGGCAGUACUUCGAGCUGGAGAGGGACACCAAAUGCCACAAUGUGCUCCUGGCUCUCACUCCGGCCACGAGGAUGGCGUUCAUUUUCAUUCAGAUGUACUUUAUCUUCCUGAAUAAUGAGCAAAUUAAAGUGUAUCGACACAAAAUUCUGGCGCGAUUCGGCCUCAUGCACAUGAUCGGCACGAAUUUGUCCGUGUGGCUGAACGUCCUUAUUCAGGAGACGAAACAUGAGAUUCUCACUUUCUACGAUCCGGAGAACAGAACACUCAAGAUUUCCCAUCGAUUGGGCCACAAGACAGCCAUUCAUCCUCCGGACACAUCGGUUCACUUGCGCGUUCCUCGCGGGCUGAAGGGUCCUCACCACAUCUUUGAGUGUCGCCGGACGAACAUUAUCGGAACGCUGGUGCAGGACGCGUCGCCCUUCCUUUUUCCCUGCACCAUUGAAUAUUCGCUCAUCUGCGCCGCUAUUCUCUACGUGAUGUGGCGUAACGUGACCAAUCCACCUCAGGAGACGCCCGUGCGACGGGACUUGUCCUCCUUCAAGCGCUCGCCUCAUCACUACUCCGUGGACUGCGCCAGGGCGCACAAGGGCCUCUUCGUGGGCAUCCUGAUCCUCGUGUUGACCAUCAUUUCGCUGAUUCUCUUCUUCGUGCUCAUCUCGCGGCCGGAGUUUGUGGCCUUCGCCGUGACGGAGGUGACGGUGUGCGAGCUGACGCUGUACGCCACGGCCACGAUUGCCACGCUGAUCGGCAUGAUUCAGGUGAGGCAUUUGCAGUACGACGCGGAGAGGAGCUUCCAGUUGGACGACAUCCUGCUGGUGGGCGCGCAGUCGGGACUGUUCCUCUACAGCACUUUCACAGUCAUCGGCGGCCACUUCACGCUGCGCAAGGACACGAUUCUCGUGCUGAUCAACGCGCUGGCGUCCAUUGUGCAGACCGCCUGCCAGACAAUGUUCAUCCUGGACGCGAGUCGCAGAAACGCCGCCACGCCGGAGCACAUCCGCAAGAAGCCCGGGCGCGAGAUUGUGACGUUCCUGCUGGUGGCCAAUCUGGCCAUGUGGGCCAUCAGCACGCUGGAGAAAUCCCGCGCCGAGAGCCACCCGAUCCAGCUCAACUUCUACGGUCUCUGGGCGUGGACCAUCAUCACGCACGUGUCCAUGCCGCUGGCCAUCUUCUACAGGUUCCACAGCACCGUGUGCCUCUGUGAGAUCUGGAAGAGGGCCUACAAGCUCAAGCCCACGUACAUGUGAAGACUUUCACGCCAAAAUACUCUCUUUUUAACCUCUUAAGAACGUAUUCAACAACAUAUUACUCAUCAUCAUUAUCAAGUUUAAUGUUAUAAAAUCGUAUUUUCUGCGGACAAAAUACGAAAAAAAAAUCUUUCCUUAUGAUAAACCAAAAAAAUGAAGAACAAAAAUAAUCAAACGAAAGAAUGAAACUUAUCCCAAAGACAAGUCUAGUGUAAAGCCGUAGAUUUUAGAAUCGUAGGUCUUCUCUUCCCUUUUAAUUCCCUAUACAGAAAUGCAUUUUUUCGAUGGAUUUUGGGACAUUUUGAUAAAAUAUGACAAGAGAUUUAUUAGAAAGUGUAGAAAUUAAACGGGAACAAUCUUUUUUGAGAGCAUUUUUGAUCCAUUUGUACAUUGCUAUGAGGGAUUUACAAUCGAUAUAGGACACUAUUUUUUCACAAUCAAUUGUUUUUCACAAUUCUCUAGGUGAAAUCUCUCAAAUUUUCAUUAUGUAGGUUAGGAUCUUUAUCAAGGAUAUGGGAGAAUAGGAUGAGGAGAUAGUGUGCAAAAGGCAUUGUGUAUAUUUUAAAUUUGUGAAUCAAUCUUCCUUUUGGCCAUUUUGAUGACAAGUUUUUGCAUAUUUUUCAGAGUGGAAAAUCGAAGAAUUUAUAUUGUGUAAUUGAAAGGAAAAAAGUCUAGUUAUGACGCUUUGCAGAUAUAUUUAUUUAUUCGAGAGUUGCAAAAUGAUAUUGUGUUGUUUUUUAGUCUCAGCAAUACUCUUUGUGUUUUCUAUUGAUGAAAUAUUAUAUACCGAUUCGGGGGAUUAAUGUAGCGUUUAAGGAGUUAUUUAUUGCUUAGCGUGGAUUCGGAUUAUCAGGUUUUGCCAGCAAAAAUCUGUAUUUCAAUCAAAAUGUCUAACCAAAUCGGCCCAAUGGUCGCAGGGGAGAUUUUUUGUAACUUAUUGCAUUAAUAAUAUUAAACGAUAUUU